AUGGGCUUGGAUAUUUCUAUACGAAGAGUGGAAAGCAUUGAAUUUGGUAUACUUUCUCCAGAGGAUAUUAUCGCAAUGAGCGUGUGCAAAAUCGAGUAUCCAGAAACAAUGGAAAGCGGAGUGCCCAAGGAGGGAGGGCUGGUGGACUUGAGGUUGGGAACCUCCGAAAGAGGGUUUCUGUGUAGCACGUGCGGACACAGAUCGGACAGCUGCGUCGGGCACUUUGGGUACAUUGAGCUGGCAAAGCCGGUGUUCCACAUAGGCUAUAUAGGAAAGAUAAAGAAGGUCCUGGAGUGUGUCUGUUUCUUCUGCUCCAAGCUGCGGGUUGAAAAAAGCGCGCUAAGCUCUCCCAAGCCGCGAACACAGAAAGAAAGAAAGCGAAGGCUGAACCAAGUUUGGAAUCUGGCCAAAAACAGGGCUGUUUGCAUGGGAGAGAUGAUAAAAAACGAGGAGAACCCGGAGGAGCACGUGCGCACAGGAUGCGAAAACAGGCAGCCCACAAUUCGGAAGGAGGGCCUGCAUCUGCUGGCGUUCCAGAAGGGCGACGAGUCGUCGGAGGGGAAGACUGUGCUGAGCGCGGAGAAGGUGCUUGAAAUUCUGAAGCGCAUUCCAGAGGAGGACAUCGAAGCGCUGGGGUUUGACCUGGAAAAAGCCAGGCCAGAGUGGAUGGUUAUCCGAGUGCUGCCUGUGCCGCCCCCACAGGUGCGGCCGUCUAUUGUGAUGGAGGGCUCUUUGCGGUGCGAGGACGACUUGACGCACAAGCUCGCAGACAUUAUCAAGGCAAGCAACAACCUGAAAAGAUACGAGCAGGAGGGUGUGGCAGGACACAUCAUACGGGACUACGAGCAGCUUCUUCAGUUCCACAUUGCCACGCUGAUAAACAACGACAUUUCAGGGCAGCCGCAGUCUCUGCAGAAGAACGGGCGGCCGCUGAAGUCGAUCCGGGCAAGGCUGCGCGGAAAGGAGGGCCGCGUUCGAGGAAACCUUAUGGGGAAGCGAGUGGACUUCAGUGCGCGUACAGUCAUAACGGCAGACCCGAACAUAAGCAUGAACGAAGUGGGGGUGCCAGAGGAAAUAGCCAAAAUGCUCACGUUCCCAGAGAGGGCAACCGAGUACAACAUAGACCAGCUGACGCGUCUGGUGCACAGAGGCCCGUACAACCACCCAGGCGCAAACUACAUCAUCCGCGACGACGGACAGAAAAUCGACCUUAGGUUCCACAAAGGCGAAGUAAACUUGCAGGUUGGGUACGUUGUGGAAAGACACCUGAAAAAUGGAGACACGGUGUUGUUCAACAGGCAGCCGUCCCUGCACAAAAUGUCCAUGAUGGCGCACCGAGCAAGAGUGAUGAAGUACUCCACGUUUAGGCUUAACCUGAGCGUCACUGCCCCGUACAACGCAGACUUUGACGGAGACGAAAUGAACCUGCAUCUCCCGCAGUCGAUACCAGCGCAGGCCGAGCUGAAGGAGCUGGCGCUGGUGGAGAAGAACAUUGUGUCGCCGCAGAGUAACAAGCCGGUUAUGGGGAUAGUGCAGGACACGCUCAUGGGCGUGUACAAGCUCACGCGAAGAGACCUGUUUUUGACCAAGCCGCAGGUGAUGCAUCUUUUGUACGCAAUCGACAACGAGAAGUCGCAAAUAAAGCCGGCGAUUCUCAGACCUGCGGUUUUGUACACGGGAAAGCAGAUCUUCUCGGCAACCCUGCCAGACGUAACAUACACCGGGCUGCACUCAGAGCACCAGCACGGGAAAAAACACGUGGGAAACCCCAUGGACAGCGAAGUGCUCAUAAAGAGCGGAGAGCUGCUUGCUGGGAUAAUUUGUAAAAAAACCGUUGGAACAGCCUCGGGCGGGCUCAUACAUGUGAUAGCAAACGACUUCCCCAGAGACGUGUGCGUGUCCUUCAUAGACGCCCUGCAGAGGGCGAUCAGCGCCUGGCUGAUGGCAUACGAGACGUUUUCGGUGGGAAUAGGCGACACCAUAGCAGACCCGUCGUCGAUGGACUCGAUAAAGGAGGCAAUCGAGCGGGCGAAGGGAGAGGUGCGCGAAAUCAUUGAAAAAGCAGAGACAGACAACCUUGAAAGACUUCCUGGAAUGUCCAUGCAGGAGUCUUUUGAGGCAGCAGUUACGCUCGCUCUUAACAAGGCCAGAGACACGAGCGGAACAUCAACACAGAAAAGCCUUCGGUCCCAAAACAACAUCAAGCAGAUGGUGGUGUCUGGGUCAAAGGGGUCGUACAUCAACAUAUCACAGAUGAGUGCCUGUGUGGGACAGCAGAGCAUAGAGGGAAAACGAAUUCUGCACGGAUUCAGAGACCGAUCUCUCCCACACUUCACAAAGGACGACUGCACGGCAGAGGCGCGCGGCUUCGUAAGCAGCUCGUAUGUUGCAGGGCUGUCGCCGGUUGAAUUCUUCUUUCACGCGAUGGGAGGUAGAGAAGGUCUGAUCGACACGGCGGUCAAAACUGCAGAAACGGGAUAUAUCCAGAGAAGGCUUAUUAAAGCCCUGGAAGACGCGCAGAUCAGACACGACAAGAGCGUGCGAGACGGAGAGGGGCAUGUUGUUCAGUGCGCGUAUGGAGGCGACUGCUUUGACGCAACGUUUGUGGAAAUGCAGGCGCUUUCUUUGUUUUGCUCGCCAGCGGAGUUUGACCGGCUUUAUGUGAUCGACUACUCGGCGCUGACUGAGUAUGCGCUGUCGCAGGAAAUGCUCAGCACGCUUCGAACGGGAAAAACCAAGACCAUUUUGGCUGCUGAGGUAAGGAUGCUUCAGGAGGAGGCGAGGGCGCUCAGAGAGAGGCACGCAAGCUCAAAGAAGCCGCUUCCAGUGCCCCUGGAGCGGAUUUUCAGGGUGGCGCAGGAGCUCCACACCAUGCCUGGGGUUUUGCGGAGCAUACACGCAAGCAUGCCGCGGCUCCUGGAGGAGUGGGGGCGCCUGCUCACGCCGGAAAGAAUUGUGCGCACGCGGGAGGCUUUGGAAAGAGAGCUCCAGAGCGCGAUCAGCCCGGUUGAGGAAAUAUCCGAGGUUGCGUUUUCUCUGUUCAAGGCGCACCUUAGAGGCUAUUUCACCGUUAAAAGAAUACUUGUAGAGUACAGGCUGUCGGCGCAGGCGUUUGAGUGGGCAGUAGACAAAAUUCGCACGUCUUUCCUGCGGUCGAUCGUUUCAGCCGGAGAGAUGGUGGGAACCCUGGCGGCGCAGAGCAUUGGAGAGCCAGCCACACAGAUGACGCUGAACACGUUCCACUUGGCUGGUGUGGCCAGCACCGUCACUAGAGGAGUCCCGCGGCUGAAGGAAAUCAUAAACGCAGCGCAAACGAUCAAAACCCCCUCGCUGACAAUAUAUCUGAGGGAAGACAUUGGAAACACGCUGGAAGGCGCGAAGAGGGCGCAGCAGGAAAUAGAGCGGUGCUAUCUGAAAGACGUGCUGGUGCAGUCAGAGAUCCUGUAUGACCCCACAAUGCGCGCGGUCAAGGAGGACGAGGACUUUAUAUUCGCGUACGGAGUGCUGGACCCAGGAGUGUACAGCCCGGAGUCGCCGUGGAUGCUAAGGCUUGUUCUGAACAGAAGCGCUAUGCUGGACGCUGGCGUGGGGAUAGAGCAGGUGGCAGAGGCCAUCGAGAAGAAGACGCAGUAUAAAGCCAUGCACUCAGACGACAACUCGCCGCAGCAGAUAAUUCGAUGCAUGCUCCCGGAUGCCGAGGACAGUUUGCGAAGAAUAGAGACAUCUAUUGUGUCAAUCAUGAUAAAGGGGCUGCCAAAGAUAAAGCGAGUGUUUAUCAACGAGGGAACAGGGCCGGAUGGGAAAAAAGAGUACAUUUUGCAAAGCGAGGGAGUCGGCCUGCAGGAUGUGCUGAGCCAUCCGCUGGUUGACCCCUCGAGAACCACGUCAAACGACCCCUUGGAAAUAUGCAAGGUUCUGGGCAUUGAGGCGGCUAGAACAAGCAUACUCAAUGAGAUCAGGGCGGUUAUAGAAAGCGACGGGUCCUAUGUGAACUUUAGGCAUCUGUCAAUACUUGCCGAUAUUAUGACGCAGCGGGGCAUUAUCUGCGGAAUAACCAGGCAUGGAACAAACAGGGGAGAGGCGGGCGCGCUGAUGCGGUGCUCGUUUGAGGAGACCGUUGAGAUACUUCUAGAGGCGGGCGCAACUGCCGAAAUAGACUCGUGCAAGGGCGUGGUCGAGAGCGUUAUGCUGGGGAAGGUUGCUGCAAUAGGAACCGGAAUAACAGACCUGCUGGUGGACAAGGAAGGCAUCGAGACCGGAAUAAUGGCCAUGGAGAAGUACGAGUUUGAAGACGAAAGCUCAGAGGGGACGCCGACGGGCCUGAUGUCCCCAACAAGCACUGCCUACUCGGACUACUCAACAGGCUCGAACAAGUCCGACGAUCUGCUCUAUUUGGGGUCGCCGCAGAACGAGUCUGGAUACGCCCCGUCCAGCCCCAGUCUGUCGUACUCAAUGGGCGACUACAUGCCAAGCUCGUACGCGCCGUCGUCUCCAAGCAUACACUCGCCCAGCAUUUUCCACACCCCAGGAAGCGAGUAUGUUCCGCAGUCGCCGCGCAGGCCCGGGGCAUACCAGAACAUUGGCAGCCCAAGCACAGGCGGGUUUGGAAUAAGCUCGCCAAGCUCCCAGAAGCUGUACUCGCCGUUUACGCCAGCACUUGUUCAGAGAACUUUUGACAGUGAAGAGGACGACAAAAGCUCUGACAAAAGCGGCAGCUCGGAAGAAAGCUCUGAAUAG